GAUCAUCAAGAUGAUGCCCUGAAACGCAAUAAUGAUUGAAUGUUACAGCUGAACUUCACAUUACAUUGCACAGAGCUGUGUUAGAGUUAAGUGUUUUGUUAUUUAUUCUGAAAGGCUGCAGAGAAGAAUUACAGUAAGGAAAGAGCUAAAGAGCUGUCCAAUCUCUGUGGAAACCUGCUGAUAGCAGCUAGACUUUGCCCUGAGGCGCACCAACAAUACAGGAAGAGCAGAAAAGACUCAAUUGUCGCUUGUACAGACCCAGUUGAAGCAGAAUGGACCAGGAUGAUGGUAGCAGAAGUGAUAGACAUGGAUCUCUGCCACCACCCUACAACCCUUAUGAUUAUGGGCAGAAUUCAUACACAGGGAUGACCUAUCAGGUGGGGAAGGGUAACAUUGCAGUGGUGACCCCUCCUGGCUCCUAUGAGAACAUGGUCCACCCUGAAGGACAGGCAGCAGGCGCAGGCGAACAUCAGUUUGGUCAAGCUGCAGCCAACUACUGUCAUGGCUUGGAGGACAGUGUUUUUGCAGAUGCUUCCAUUCGAAGAGGUUUCAUAAGGAAAGUCUACCUGACCUUGAUGAUUCAGCUGCUGGUGACUGUUGGGAUCAUCUGUGCUUUUCUUUACUGGGAUACUCUCAAGGAGUGGACGAGGACUAACAACUGGUUCACCCACACAAUGAUGGCGACGGUGCUGGUACUCCUCUUGGUCUUGUCCUGCUGUGACAACAUCCGUCGGCGCGUCCCCCUCAAUUUCAUCACAAUGGGGGUGUUUACUAUUGCAGAGGGCCUGAUGCUCGGGUCCAUAGCAGUGUUCUACUCGGCCGAAGCCGUUCUGUGGGCCGUGGGGGCGACUGCGCUGGUGUCCUUUUCCCUGAGUGUAUUCGCUAUGCAGACAAAGUGGGACUUCACCAUGGCGAGCGGGAGCCUGUGGGUGUUUGCAUGGACCCUACUUUCAUUUGCACUGCUCUGUGCAAUCCUCCGAUCGCAGUUUGCGUACAUUGCUUACGCCUGCCUGGGCACCUUGUUGUUUUCCCUGUACCUGGUGUUUGAUACGCAGCGCAUCGUGGGCGGCAAGCACAGGAAAUAUGAGGUCUCUCCUGAGGAGUAUGUUUUUGCUGCCCUCAGCCUCUACUUGGACAUUGUUGUUUUGUUCCUCUUCUUGCUGAAACUCAUCAACCUCUGCCGCUGACGCUGGGCCACCAGGAUGGGCUGUGAUGCCAUGUCUUGCAAGAAUCAUACUCCCGAUUCCAAAACAGCACGCAUCUAGAGCCAUAUUUCACAAGUUCACUCUUGGACAACUGAGGUCUGUGGUUUAUCCAGGUUGAAAAUACUGCACGAUUACUACUUUUAAUUACUUUUACAGUUAAUGCUGGCUUUUAACCUUUCGUUUGGAUAGCAAGUUAGAUGAAUUGCAUAUUUAAAAUUACAUUGUAUUGAUUGUUCUGUCUCUAAUGAUUGGCAGGCAGUUUUAUCCAUCAUGACCCUCUCACCUAAAGUGAGCUGAAAUCGCCUCCAACCACACAAUGAAGCCCAAAGCUGUUUUUGCAAUUUUUUUUUAUUUGUUGAAUGUGGGGUUUUUUUAGCUGGUGAUGCAACAACGUGGCACAAGUAUCAAAUCACUAUUUUCAGUUAUAGUUUAACGUUCUAUGUCCAAAAUGAUUUUCUCAACACAACACAAGCAUAUCCAUUGUUCAACCAUAUCAAUCACCUUAUUUAACAAACAAACAAAAACACCCUACUUAUACACUCCAACAGCAAAAGACAAAAUACCGUGUUAGAAAUGUUUAGUCAUUGCAGGAGAAUGUUGCCAUCUUGGAGUGACAAAUGGUGCUGCUUGUGCUGAGACGUCAACAAAGCAACAUUCAAUUGGAAGGUUUAAUUAAGUCUGUGUGGAAAUAGUGUUGUGGAAAAUCUAACUUCCUUGACAUGACUGUUGACCAUGCAGAUUUACACACCUAUUUCAAAAAGAAUAUUACUUUAAAUGUGGGAUGUUUUUUACUCUGGUGGUCAAAUGUCCCCACUUAAGCCUGCCCUCUAGGUGAUGCUAAAAAUGACCAUGAUCUUUUAGAAUAGUUGAAAGGAUUGCUAUUGCUCAAACUUGUCCACUAAGGUCAGGCAUAUGAUUCACUUUCAAAUUGUAAAACCAAUAUUUUUCAUUACAAUCUCAAACACUUUUCUUUCUCGUUCUUGUUCUUUCUUCUUCUUGUUUGAUCCUAACAGUAUAAGGCAGGGGUUUGCCAUUCAGCAUUCACAGCCCCACAAAUGUGCAGAUAUUUGGUUUAAAAAAAACUUGAAUGAAAUGUUUUUUCUUCGAAAAUAGGCAUUUUCAGCACUAUGCCGGUUUCAUUUACCCUAACUCAGUAAUGAUCUAUAAAUGCGUGACGAUACAGGUAAAACGUACUACAUGUACCACUGUUAAAAAAGCCCACAAUUCUUAUGUUUGUCGUUAUGCUUCACUGAUAAAAAAAGGUUUUAUUUUUGUCAAGUGUUGAGAUUUCAUUUUGUCGACAGUCCUUGAAAGCUCCAUAGUUGCUGUGAAAUGCAAAAGUGAAAAGAAUAUAACAUCUACAUAGAAAUUACACAAGAUGGAACUUUAAACUGUCACUCUGAUUCAAUCUGUUCAUCAAUCAUCUUAGUGGGGAGUCACUCUUAUUGCAAAUGUUGACCCGAAAUCGGAGAAUGUCAACGUUAAGCUAGCAGCAGGGUUUGAUAUUUUAAAAAAUGUUUUUAUUGGUGUAUCAAUUACUCGCGGGUGUUUGCCAUUUGCUGGUGGUCCUGGAAAGUUACCCCUGUGUAAAGUGGUGAUCAAAUGUUAUGUGUUCAUAACAAAAAUCGCACCAAUUAAAACUCAACACAUAGUUUAUUGGCAUAACACACCAAACAAUUCAUAUAAAGAGGGAAUGUAUCAAGUAUAGACUAUGAAAGUGCAAAUAGCAUUUCAAGGAUUAGUCGCUUUACAAUAGAAAAUCUCAAUGAGUUACAAAAUGUUAUUUUAAAAUAAAUCACCUGGACAAUUAGAGGUGUAAUGCACAGCAUAUUGUUACACAACAGGGUAUAUACUAUACGCUAUAUCCUGUGUUGAACUACCACACAUGAACCAAGUCUUAAGGAACAUUGCUCCACAGAUCACAUGGCACUCACAGUUGAACAACUUCAAGAAAUCUGCCAAAGCAAUCUUCAUGUUUCUAUACUUAAUUAUUAAAAAACAAACUUCAGAUCAGUGAGGCACAAAGCUAACACAAAAAGGUCUCAAAAGGUAAAACACUGACCAAUCAUGUGUUUAAGGUUAUAACUGUUAUUCACACUCCAUUUCCUUCAGUGGAUUUACCGCCCAUUUCAAAUAAAUACCAAUUUAUAUUGCAACUUUCCUCCAUUUUAGUGUCUUCUGGUAUACAGUAGGUCAACUCUAAGUCAAUAGUGACAUGAAUUCUUCAUCCACAGGAAAAAACAAAUUGUAAAAAAAAACAAAAACCAAAAACAUUACCACUCAUGAAACCUAACCAUUUAAUAAUCUCAAAACUAAUUAACCAGCCAACAUGGUUUUGUUGGUGCAUUUGAAACAUAAUGUGAAAGAAAUAACUUCAAAGUACUAUGUAUUUGCUUACACUGUGAAUACUGUGUAAAUAGAGUAUACUGUACUUGUAAUUAUAAAACCGUGAAUGAAAUAAAGGCACUGUAUCUUUAACUGUGUAGAGAACCCC